UGUAAUUUAUAAAUUUGACAACAGUGUAUUCUUAACAUCCUUCCUUUAUUAAUGGUUUAAUGAGUCAGCUGCAACUUUCCACAAUUUCGCCAAUUUUAUGUGAGUUCUUAUCAUGCAUGCUCUAUAACUAUAAGGAAUGAAAGAAGAGAUAAUAUCAUUUAUCAAAUUUUAUGAAAAGCAAAUACGAAUAGCUAAAUGAAGUGCAAGCAUCAAACAAUAUUCAUUUAUGAAAGUUUCUGACGUAACCUUGGCUGAAUCUUUAAACUGUAUUAUGGAAGAGGUAAACCUGGUGCUAAUAAUUGUUUUGUUUCUAACAGGACAAUGACCGCAAUAUGUUUCGUUUGCAACCUCCCGAUACUGUCGCACCAAGUGGGGUUGGUGUGGGCUGGAGGCAACGGGUGGGACGAGCUGACGCGUUCUACCUUGGAGGAGUCCACCUUGCGUCAAAGGCUCGGCAGCCGAAGGGAUUCAGCCGCUCAGGUGUCUUGCCUAUCACCUCCAGAGCCAGACGUCGAGAACCAACCAAGAGGAGGACCAAGACGUCGCCGCUCUUCGCUGGCACAACUGACAGACAUCCUCCGCGAGUGGGGUGGCGGCGGCAGCAGCAACGCACCGCGCCGCACCAGGGCACCACUGUCCAGACGCGAGACCCUGGCCGAUCUCGCCCGCUCCCUACCUUGGGCGCGCCACGAGCCUCCCCCGCGCCGCCGCCGCGACUCCUCCGCCGACUCUGGCAUAAAAUCAAUGGCCUCAAAACGAAGAGACUCCAAAGCCGCACCACAAGACUUCCGCGCAGAAUUCCCUAACUACUGGGAACGUAAAGAUUCUACCACCAUCAUGCCCACAAGAGAACGCCGUGUCAAAAGACGUGGCUCAGGUGACGAUAGUAAAGACCGCCGAGAUUCAGUCGAUGGACACAGACAUCGCAGGGACUCGGUUGUAGCACCACCUCGAAUAGUGGCUACCCACAGGAAACGAAGAGCGUCGCCUCCUCCACCUGUUGCACCUUCAUUUGUAGAUGCCUCUUCAGAUCCAGGGCCUUCUACCCAACCGCCUUCGGUGACAGUAGUUGCAAUUCAUGAACCGAGCCGUUCAGACGGAGAGUGUCAGCCUAUGACUAUGCCAACCAUUAUCACAUCAGCGGUUACUCCAUCUCCUACGUCACCGACGAUACCUAGUACAACGCAAACUACUCAAACGUCACAAACAACUCAAGCUACUCCAACAACACAAGCAGUAACUCCCAGUGGUCGAACUCCACCAAAUUUAGGUGGUAGGAGGGAUUCUACAACACAGUGUGGCCGAGCUAGAAGAGAUUCACGGGCAGCGGCUAGCCCGGAAAGAAGAUUAGGAAGGUUGCAACGGCAGGCUACUGCAUUUGAUGACCCUAAUGGCCCGCCUGGAGCGAGGCGUCGUGAUUCUGGGCCAUCAUUGGGUCCCGAUGAUGAAGGCAGAGCUAGAAGAGAUUCAUUAAGCCCUGAUUCUGCAGCUCGGCCUCGACGCGAGCGCUCUCAGUUGAGUCCGGACCGAGCGGGAGGAGGUGAAUUAAGUCCAUCCGCUGCCAGACGACGAGGACGAUUAAGGAGGCAAGCUUCAUGUGCUAGAGUAGGUCGGGCUCGCAGUCCGGAAUCGAGUUCGUGUUCAAGUCGCGACCCGAGCCCGUGCGCUAGGCCCCCCGAACGGACUAUAAUACGACGCCAAUCAACAACGGAAGAAAUACUCAUAGCUAGAGGCUUCCGACGACAGUCUACUACAGAGGAAAUGAUCCGCUGUCGAAAUUUCAGGCGUCAAAGUUCGCAAAGUGAUGACGCUUGCAUGCGAGCGAGGGGACGUCGUGACUCUUCUACCCAGAUACUAGAUGGCACCAUCGGUACUAUGACUGUGGAGACGACCAGCACGUUCUUCGAUUCCAGUACACAAACUGGUAAGUAG